CAAAUUGAGCGCGGCUAAACGCGGCGAAGUAAACAUGCAAACAGAUGGACGAACAUAUCUGUUACCUGCGCAGGCAAAGAAAAAGAACACUGGCUUACAUUCACAAAUAUCUAACGCGUAAACCGCAGUUUAACCGAGUCACCUACCGAUAAGAGCUGCUUACCGGGCAGAGGUGAAUCCGAUUACUCGAGGUAUUUUGUUCUCAAAAAUCGAAUCGAAUGAUAAACCCAACAAGCGUUCAAUGAUCGCGAAUUUUUCUUGGAGAAUGUGGUUGAUAGUGUGGAUAUUGAAAGACCGGUAUCGUGAAGGACUGCAACAAGGCUGAAAUUCAUGUAGAAAAUAAUCUUUUAUCAGGAAGAUACGUAGAUUGAUUACCGCUCUAAUCAUCUUCGUUCGCGCAUGUUUGUGUGCGCGGGUGGUGAUAUUGUUCCACGAUUGUACUUCAUAUCAUUGUUUCCUGUGAGCCAUCGUGGAGCGGAACAGUUGCUGCUGACCAGACAAUGAGAAAGCGCACGUUUGAAAAAUUUAUCCUGGUCUGGUGUCUGAAGAUCGAACGAGUAUUGAACGAAGAUUAAGUCAACUAGAGGUGUUACGUUACGGUGGGGUCGGAAUUUCCGUGGGUGGUUGGGGCAUAGGAGAGGAGAUAUGGCGUUUAACUGUUCUCUCUGUGGGCUCAGCCCUCGGGCCACCAUCAUCGUGGUGGGGACGAUAUCAUUGUUGUUUUCAGGAGUUUAUAUAUUCUUCACUACAGCCGGUAUUUUAGUACAAAACUGUCAAAUCGACAUGACUACCACGCCAGGAAAAUCUACGAUUUAUCUGUAUUAUUUACGAUCAUCUCAAUGUGAACGAGUCAGCCUCUACGAUCUUGGAUUUGAACAAGUUCCACCCGAGCUACACAUCUACAUCCCCGAUGUUUCAGCUGCCGCGAAGAGAACGUAUAUUUUCUGCAUGGUUGGAGUAGUUUUGUAUGGACUUUGGUUUGUUUCAUCAAUAUUUAUGAUCGGAUCAACUUGUACUCCUUGUAUGGGAAGGUUUUGCAUAGCUUUUGGACUUUAUCCCUACAUUGUUAUAUUGUUUGCGGUGCUCAUUUUCGAUGCUGUAGUUUUCGUUUUUUAUUUCAUCGAUUUUAUAAACAGCUUUAACCUCGAUUCCGUAAUAAAGCUGCUGGAGAUCGAGUAUCAAGGUCACAUCCAAGAUCUGUUCAUUCAAAUUGAGUACGUUCAGCUUGUGGUCCCCCCUCUGCUUAUGUGGUUUGCAGCAAGUAAAGGCGUUAUCGGAUGGAUUAUCUUUCUGUUGCUAGGUUUUGUAAUGAUUGGAGUCGCAGGCCGACUGUGGAUCGAGAACAAACCAGUUCCUUCAUACAACACAGCUAUGCAAACAACAAGCUCGAUUUCCGUUGCUCCGGGUCCAACCGAAUUCACAGAGGGUCAGAAAACAACCAAUGUUGAAUUCUCUAGCGCGGAUGCCCGAUACAAAGAUCCAGCAAGACAGCCAAACGACAACUUGACAUAUGCCGAUAUUGCACCUGUCAUCGUUGACGUUCGACGGACAGUCGAACCUUUGAAGGGUGGCCAGGACUCUUCUCAGCGUGAAUAUUCAAUUCAAAGUAGCCAUUCAGAAGGAGCUCCAAAUCCGCUUAAACCAAAUUCGACAGUCAACCCUUACAUUGACAAACGUUUUUCGUAUAUACCGGGGAAUCCCCAACCUUUUUCAUACCUCGCCGGACCUCCUCAGCUGAACUCAAGGAACUCAUCGAGCGUGCCUGAGGUUCGGAAUCAACUACCUUGGACAUACUUUCCCAGCUCGGAAGAUCUCGCCGCAACGAGGAAAGCUGCUGCGACUGUAAAGGACCAAAAGGAAAACUCGGACGAUGAUCUGAGUUCGGGAAUAUCCAAACAAGUAUCCUACGAUGACCGUUCCAGCGAUGAAGGAAAAUGGAGCGGACCCGAGUAUAGGUAUUGACACAAACCAGAUAGGCGAUCCGACGACCGCGGUAUCGAAGGGUGGAUUAUUUCUGUAAAAUAUGUAAAUAAUUGUUAAGAUCUACUAGAUGCACUGUGAAACGAUGCACACGCCAUUUGCAUAUGGUUGUGACAAAUAAAGUGAUACUAUCAU